AUGUUUGCAUCCCUCCGGCUUCAUACUCAACAACUACGACAAGACUAUAGAGACCUCGCUCCUCCCGAUGUUGUCGUAUACCCUCAUCCACCCGGUCCAGUAGAAGCGGCCAGAAUGAUACAAAGGUCACAUCCGGCACUGAUCAAGAACUUCUCUCCGCUCACUUCUCAAGGUAUCGAAAGGGACUGGACAGAUUCCGAUACUUACAGUUCAACCUGUUCUGGAGAGGUGACGAUUGCCAUUACCGAUGAUGGGUUAGCUGACUCGGUUCGAGUGGAUGAAGAUGGUCUGGGGAUGUUUGUCAAGCCAUUGGAGGAGAAGAUGCCUAUGUCUACCUUUUUGACUCGCCUCGUCAACGAGACAUCUACCCAAGAGCCAGUGUUAUAUCUCCAAUCACAAGAUGGCAACCUCUUUCGCCCCUCUCCCAAUACCGAUAGCGAUCAGCUAUCUCCCUUUCGACCGUACUUCCUUCCCGAUAUUACUUGGAUGGAGGAAGCCAUUGGGACAGGGGCUGAAGCGGUCAAUCUCUGGAUAGGCAACAGUCGUGCCAGGACAAGUUUACAUCAUGACCCGUACGAGAAUAUAUAUCAUGUUCUAAGUGGAGAGAAAACUUUUCUUCUUGCAGCCCCCAUCGAGGGACUCUGGUUAGAUCAACAGUUCUAUCCCCCUGCGACGCUUCACCGUACGUCAAAUGGAAUAGUACCCUUUCUCGACCCCGAACCAUCUCAUGAUGUCCCUUGGGUGGCCUCUUCUCGGUUGCCACAGGGAGUCAAAACGAUGGAAGUGACUGUACAUGAAGGUGAAACCCUGUAUCUGCCGAACAGAUGGUGGCAUGCCGUCUCACAGACCGAGGGCAGACUUGGCAUCACGGUGGCCGUCAACUAUUGGUACCCUGCCGAAAUACGACCAGAACGAUAUGCUUUCGAGAGACUAGCAAGGAGAGUGGCCAGAUUAGGAGGUAUGCGAGGGGUGAUCCCACCUCCGGAAGAUGAAGAGGAGAACAGGUAUACGAAUGAAACUUCAUGCGUAGGAAUAGCAAAAGUUGAGGCAUACCUGUUUGGGUAG